AUGCUAAAGAUGCUGGACAGAUACAAAAUCAAAGGUACCUGGUUCAUUCCAGGCCAUUCUCUUGAGACUUUCCCAGAGGAGUGUGCUAUGAUCAGAGAUCAGGGCCACGAAAUUGGGUUGCACGGUUACUCACACGAAAAUCCCGUCGAUAUGACAUUGGAGCAACAAAGAGAUGUAUUGGACAAAACCUUUAGACUCAUAACCGAGUUUUGCGGAAAGCCUCCCAAGGGUUCGGUUGCUCCCUGGUGGGAGACCUCCGUAGAAGGAGUCAAGAUGCUAAUGGAUUACGGAAUUGAGUAUGACCAUUCAAUGUCUCACCACGAUUGUCAGGCAUAUUGGUUUAGAUCUGGCGAUACAUGGACUAAGAUCGACUACACUAAGAAGGCCAAGGAGUGGAUGAAGCCAUUGGUGAGAGGCCAGGAGACAGGACUGGUUGAAAUUCCCGGCAAUUGGUAUAUUGACGACUUACCACCAAUGAUGUUCAUCAAAAACACUCCAGACAGUAAUGGCUGGGCCAAUCCAAGAGAUAUUGAGGAUAUUUGGAGAGACCAUUUCGACUACUUCUACCGCGAGUAUGACGAGUUCAUCUUCCCAAUCACCUGUCACCCUGAUGUCUCAGGUAGACCACACGUUUUGAUGAUGCACGAGCGUUUGAUCGAGCAUAUAAACAAACACGAUGGUGUUGAGUGGGUUACUAUGGGAGAAAUGGCUGCGGAUUGGAGAGAGACCCAUACUGCACCAGAAGGUGCAGAGAUGCCGUUAUCUACCGAGGAAGUGCUGAAAAAGCUCAACAUUGAUCCAACUACGAUGAGAUCGUAA